AUAAACUACUCGUACCCAGAGGACUGAGAUUAGAGAUAGGCAGGCAGGAAGGUUAGUUGGUACUAUUAAGCACAACCUUUCGACACUGCGUUUUUAUUUUCCUUGGUGCCCACACCCCAGAAAGAAAUCUGGCAAAUCUUGGGGGAUUGAGGGCUCGCUUGUCGUUGAAGCAAGCUAUAUCAGGCUACGAAGACGACGACGAGGUGUGCAGGCCUUGGCGUCGCAGGAUUUUCAUGGCGUUCACGUGGGGCUCCGCCCUCAGGAUCACCCUCCUCCUCCUCAUCCUCGCGGCCGUGGUCACCGCUUGCUUCACUCUCCCCGUCGACAAGAUUCUGAAGGACUUUUUAUUAUGGGUUGAACAGGAUCUUGGACCUUGGGGUCCUGUUGUGCUGGCUGUUGCGUACAUUCCUCUGACAGUGUUGGCUGUUCCAGCAUCAGUGUUAACACUCGGUGGUGGUUAUCUUUUUGGGCUGCCUGUGGGCUUUGUAGCCGACUCUAUCGGUGCUACUGUUGGUGCAGGGGCUGCAUUUCUUCUCGGCAGAACGAUUGGGAAAUCAUUCGUUGUUUCCAAGUUGAAGGAUUAUCCACAGUUCCAGUCAGUUGCAAUUGCAAUUCGCAGAUCUGGAUUUAAGAUCGUUUUGCUGCUUCGGCUUGUUCCCUUGCUGCCAUUUAGCAUGUUGAAUUACCUCCUAUCUGUGACCCCUGUUCCAAUAGGAGAAUACAUGCUGGCUUCCUGGUUAGGAAUGAUGCCAAUAACCCUUACAUUAGUUUAUGUCGGAACAACUCUCAAGGAUCUUUCUGAUGUGACACAUGGAUGGAGUGAGUUUUCAAAGACCCGUUGGGCAUCUAUCAUAUUGGGACUGGCAGUAUCUGUGGUUCUGAUUAUUUGUGUCACUAAAGUUGCCAAGGCUGCUUUGGAAAAAGCUUUGGCUGAAAAUGAGGACAUCGAUGGCAUUUUAGCAUCUCCUCAGCUACCCGUUGCAGCUGAACUGCCUGUGGAUCUCAGCCAGCCUCUCAUAAUCAAGAUAGAUCCUUCCAGAGACGAUCAUGAAAACUAAUAAAUAAUCUAUGUAAAUUCUUCCCCUGACUUCAUUUGAAGGCCAUUGCCAGGUUUAAUAUCUUCGGCAUUUGAUUCCUGUGGCACUGUCUUCAUCUGUACAGUCCCUUAAUUUAGCACUUUAUUUUUGCUCAGAGAUUGCUGAAUCUAGAAAGAUUAUAAGUGUA